UAUGCCGCUCUCAUUGGUUAAUCAACUUCUUGGUUAUUGGCCUUUUGGCACCGUUAUGUGCGAUCUAUGGUUGGCCACGGAUGUUCUUUUUAGCACUGCAUCCAUCCUCAAUCUUGUUUUGAUAUCUCUUGACAGAUAUUGGUCAAUAACCAAACCAAUGACUUACGUGAGACAGCGAACGAAAAAGCGAGUGUUGGUAAUGAUAACAGCUGUGUGGGCUUCAUCAAUGGUAAUUUGUUUUCCACCACUAGCCGGAUGGAAAAGGCCACAACGAGUGACAAAAUAUGGACAAGAAUGUUCUUUAACACAAGAUAUUGGAUAUAUCCUUUAUUCAACAUUAGGAUCAUUCUACAUACCAUUAAUUGUAAUGAUUAUUGUAUAUUUUAAAAUAUACCUUGCUGCCCGUGCUAGAGCAAGGCGAGCACUGAAAAAAAAGAAACAACAGCAGCGACAGUCUACACAAAUUACAAAAAUUGAAUUAAAACUAAAAAAUGACGAAAUGAGACUUCAGGUGCCUCCAGUUUCAACAGAUUUGUCGUCACCUUCGGCCAAUGAUAGUGAGGCGCGAGAAGUAAUAAAAAUGGUUUCAAGUAAUUAUUCUCAUGAAAGUAGUAAAUUAUUAGUUUCGGAUUCAGAUAGUGCUUGUGAUUCACCAGGAAUAAAUAAAAUUGUUUCGAUAAAUCCAAGUCAACAUCCUAUUUCAGAAGAGAGUGACUUACCCGUUAAACAAAAUUCUAAAACGCUUUUGGAAAAAAACUCUAUAUGUGUUGAUUUAGACGAAUUAUCAACUGAAUCCAUUACUAAAAAGAAUGAAAAAAAUGAAUCUUCAUUGAACAAAAUUAAAACUGUAUUUAGGAAAAAGAAAGAAAAGAAAAAAAUAAAUGAUGAUGAAGUCGUAAGAAAUUUUAUUGAUGAUCCUGAAAAAGCCAAAAAAAAACUAGCCAGAGCAAGAGAGCGCAGAGCCAUUGUUGUUUUAGGAAUAUUACUACUAUUGAAAGCUCCCAACAAAAAAGUGGAUAUUUAG